AUGCGUCACUGGCUCCUACGCGCCGCUCCAUUGCUGGCUGCCCUUCUCGGGAUAUGGACUCCGCUGUCUUUUGCUACGCCAACGCUUCGCAGUAGCAUUGACCCAGCCAUUCCUAUCGUUUCCCAGCAGCAGCAGCAGCAGCAGCAAAGCGGACCUCAAGCACUUUCACUGUCUCCCGCUUACAGACGUUCUUCUCCCUCAGUAACUCCUACUGCCAUAGGAAAGCGCGAUGGCAUCCACAUCCAGGAGCUAAGUUCCAGCUUCCUCCUCCAUUACCAUGUUUUCACGACAUUUGCCCCUUCCUGGCCCACCGCAUCCCGGCUCGCAAACUUCUGGUUCCAACUCGGAAUCCAGCUCCUCGAGGUCCCGGACCACUAUUUCCUCUCAAAGGUUAUACAAUUCAGCUCGGGACCGCUGCAGCUGGAACUGUUCAAUGCGAGUGAUGACACCGGUGGUAUCCCGAGGGAAUUUAUCAUUGCGUUGGCGAAUGCGAUGGUGGGGUAUACUGAAAGGGGCUUUUGUGGGGUGUUCAAUGCGAGGAUUAGCAGUAGGGGGAAUGGAGAGGGAGGGCCGAGUGAGGUGGCGAAGUUGUGGAUUACUUUUAGGAUUGUUGAGGGAUUGGGGGAGGUGAUUGGGGUGUGA